AUCAUCUUCGCCAAUGCUCUAGCAUCAUACGCAGGGAGGCGUGUGUGACAUUUAGUGCUAGAAGCUAGUAGCCGGAUAAAGAUGAACUGAGGAAGGAAAUAGACAGUGUGGUUUUCUUUCACCAAAACAAGCGUACUUCUGGGGUAUACUUUAUCAUCGUUACCGCUUUAGAGGACACAGUUUAUGUUAAACCAAGAGUUAGAUAAAACUUCCAGUUUAUUGACGUUUUUAUUGUCGGCUAACGCUUUUUCUUAACUUGUACUGUAAAUACAUGGAGUUUGGGCAGAUGUCGCUUUCUGUUUAACGCUUUUUAAAAAUGUCGGUACUUACCCGAUAGCUAUGUUUUUACUCGACGUGACAUGGGUCAGCGUUAGCACUGAAGCUGACUUUGCAAAUUGAGUUUUGCACACAAGGUUAAAUUUAGCUUUAGCCAACUAGCCCCUCACUCUCCUCUCGCUGCAGCUUUCUCACUUUCUUAUGCUGACCUCUCGGAGUAGGUGUGCUGAAAGUAGGCCAGGUGUGCUGUGGGAUAGAUAGGCUGGUUUGUAACUUAAUCACGGUUUGUGAUACAAAGUCCAUCAGUCGACUUUCAGGGAUUUGUAAGUGGAGACAGAGGUGGAAACAUGCUGCUCUCUUUGGUUGUGCACACAUACUCGCUGCGGUACUGGUUUCCUGCCACGAUCAUGCUGGGAACAGCCCCAGCUUAUCUACUGUCAUGGGGCGCCUGGCGCUUUCUUUCAACUUUCUUACCAGCAAGUGUGUAUCACAAGGUAGAUGACCGACUGUACUGUAUCUAUCAGAGCAUGGUCCUGUUCUUCUUUGAAAACUACACAGGAGUUGAGAUUGUUAUACAUGGAAAUAUACCAAAGAACAAGGAAAACGUGGUCUACCUUUCAAAUCAUCAGUGUACAGCCGACUGGAUCAUCGCUGACAUGCUCGCCAUCAGGCAGAGUGCUCUCGGUCAUGUCAGGUAUGUCCUCAAAGAUGGACUCAAGUGGCUGCCGCUGUACGGAUGGUAUUUCUCUCAGCAUGGAGGAAUCUAUGUGAAACGAAGUGCAAAGUUUAAUGAAAUGGCCAUGAUGAAGAAGCUAAGAAGGCAAACUAGAUGUGGAACACCAAUGUACCUUGUCAUCUUCCCAGAAGGAACUCGGUAUAAUCCAGAGCUCAAGAAUGUUAUCGCUGACAGUCAGGCUUUUGCUACAAAACAAGGACUGGCUGUCCUGAAGCACACCCUCACUCCCAGGAUGAAGGCAUCUCACGUAGCCAUAGAGGCCAUGAGGGAACACUUGGACGCCGUGUAUGACGUCACCGUGGCCUAUGAGGGAACGCUGGACGGCUCCGGUCGCAGGAGGACCGCACCAUCAAUGCCAGAAUUCCUCUGCAAAGAAUGCCCCCGUAUCCACAUCCACUUUGACCGUGUGGACAUAAAGGAAAUCCCAUCGGAGCCAGUGUUUUUCCGCAGGUGGCUGCACGAUCGGUUCGAAAUAAAGGACCGGCUGCUGACAGACUUCUACGAGCCGCGGGGUUCGGACAGAUCGAACCUGUGCAAGUUCCCCGGGGAGGGCAGACCCUCUCAGCUGAGUCUGUCCAAGACGCUGCCGUCAGUGAUGGUCCUGGGGGGGCUGACACUGCCACUGCUGCUGACGGAGGGCGGCAGAAAACUCUACGUGAAAACCUGGGUUUGUGGGACGCUGCUGGGCUGGCUGUGGGUCAACUUUCUCCCUUAAACAAAGCGGGGGGAACUGGGGGGCAAGGGGCUGCCACGAUGAGACGCACAGAAGACUGGGAGAAGGAUGCCAUUUUCCUGGAUCACAGCAACACAAGGCGUGUUCCAGAUGCAGAGCAGCAUCUGGGGCGAUGCGCGCAGUUUCCGACUGUCGAGCGCAGAUGCUGAGAAACGUCGAUCACCUCGUGCUUCAUCAACCAUCUUGCGUUUGGAUUUGCAGCCUGAAAUGCUGAAAAGUAAUGUAAAAGGAAUUGUUAUUGUUCAGUUUUUCGAAAAAAAACUAAACAGAAACAAAUUGAACGCCAAAAAUACGAAACAAGAAUAUAAACAGAAAUCUCCUAAUAUAAAAUCCCCCCUAACAAAUUGACCUGAAUCAGUUUUCUUGCAUGCUGUUUUUAUCAGUCAUUGGCUUGUUUUACAAAGCUCAAACCUCUGAAAGUGUGCUGAGUACUCAAAAAUCCUUCUUGAUCAUUAAUUCUUAAGUGCACUGACUAAUUGAUACUGGUAAAAAUGUUGUUCAUGCCAAGUCCCUUAUCAAGAGGAUAAUGCACUUUUCUCAUCCAGAGAGAGGUUUUACACUGGUAGAACCAACUGAGCAGCCCGCAGAGAGCCCAUAAACGCAACACCAGCCUAAGUGUUUACCAUAAAAAUCCAUGCAGACAUGCUUUUGUUUUAUGACGGUGAAUGUAGCUGUAAAAAACAAGUUCACCCGUGGAAAUGGGAGGUGCGGUCUGCCAGUGAGGAGGAACGAGUCCCAAACGCAGACGUUCUACCAGUGUAAGACCAAACGGGAAUAUUCAAACGUCAGUCAUUGCCAAAAGCCGGCACGUUCGCCAUGACGUUCUGUCGAAUGUCUCUGUGUGUUUUACGGUAAGCAAUACUUUGUAUUUUCUGGCCCAGAUACGCAGCAAAGAAACCCCUGUCUGUUUGUUCAUCUGGAUCCUAAACGUGGUCUUUUUUUUCUUUUUUUUUUUUUCCUUUUCCGGUUUGAGUUUAAUUAGUUUCAUAACUUUGAUACUUGCAUUUGUAACAUUAAAAGAAAAACAACACAAAAACAUGUAGUUCCCUUAACAUCUCUACCUAACAAAAAUCUGACAAGCCAUGUUAACAGUAUAUCGCAGGUUCUCGUGCACUUAAAGCCAUUUGUAUUAUAACAUCACUGUAUUAUGAAAUGCACUGUAUGUCCAUUGUUGUUUACUGUAAUGAAACCAUUGCAUUUUCCACUUGUCACUUUACUCAUUAGACUUCUCGUCCUCCUUUACAGCUAGUCUUCUCUCCAUUUCCAUGGUACGGUUAUCUUGUGGAUUUAACAUUUUGCUCCAAUACCUCACUUGAAUAAUCCUUCCUUGUUCUUAAAUAAUCCUUGUCAACCAUUUUAUAGUCAUUUUUAUUCUGACAAGACCAGACUAUAACUCAUCAGGAAACUGUAGACAGUAUUUAAAAUGCCAACUGUUUUUGGAAAAGUGUGCCUUCUCUUUGGGGGCCACAGUGGCCCUGUUCCAGCGGGUGGCCGAGUGGAGACGCCCAGCAAGGUGUGGUCACGUCUACAGCUCAUAGUGGCUUAUUUUGCUCCAAGAAUGCAUUGAUUUACACUUUUUAAGAACUAUUAUUAAAAUAUGAAACCUUUAAGGAGUGUAAGGUGUGGGGCGUGUGGGGAAGCGGGGUUCUGAGUGAAAUAAAGUGGUUUUCUUUGGG